GCGGUUUGAAUGGUUAGCAUUUGGGAAGCGCCUACGGAAAGUCCUCUUUAAUUAGGUUUUUUUUAAAGAAAUAAAACGCUUGCGCUUUCGACAAAGAAAGAAACAUGUAUAACGACUGCUCUGCCUCUGGACUAACACUUCUAAUUCAUCAAGAGUCUCUGGGAGGAGAAGUCGAGAGAUAAAAGUAGGGUUCAGAAGUCAGAGGAGAGCUGGUAAAUGAGUUUGGAAAUGGAUAAAAGCUCUAAUGGCCAACAUACGAGAUCUCUAACUUCACAAUUUAGAGACUCUACAUACAGAGCCUUAACUUUAUUGCGGAGGAAGGCGAAACAGCGUCAGAUAGCUGAGCUAGAGGCGAAGGAGGCUUGUGAUUGGCUGAGAGCAGCAGGAUUUCCUCAGUAUGCUCAGCUCUAUGAAGCCUCUCUGUUCCCCAUCGAGAUCUCCGCUGUGAGGAGAGACCACGAGUUUCUGGAUCAGGACUCACUCAAGGCACUAUGCAGGAGGCUAACAACCCUGAACAAAUGUGCUGCAAUGAGCUUAGAGAUUCAUUUCCAUUGUAAACAGCAGAGUGAGGACUCUGAAGAGGAUGACGCAUGUGCUCUUAGCUCCCGCUGGGCGUUUCAGCGUGAGAGUAAAACUUGGUCUCGACUCCGCACCCUCUCACCCACCCCUGUCACACCUGGCAACAGGGCCUCCACCUUAAGACCUUCAGGGAGUAGUGAUAGCGUUCUGAGUGACAUCAGUCUCCUAGAAGUCACCUCGCUGACCUUUGACCUCAGCGCUAGCAGCUUGAGCUUGGACAGUGCGCGGGAAACAACUUCUCCGGAGGUUGCGACAUUCAGUGAGGUUGUGGUGGGUGAGGGCUCAUCGUCAAUUUGUGUCUCAUCCAGCCAAGAUGAAAACUAUGAAGCUGGAUCCUCAUCUUCAUUGCCGUCUGUAAGAGAGAAGGCAAAGCGGCCUUCUAGAUCGUUCUUACGGAGGAGAGAGUCUAUAAAGAAGAGGGAACGUGAGAAAGAGACACUGCCUAUGAGUAUUUCAAUGGUUAAUCAACACCAGCCACCCUCAGGUCUGCAGUGCACAUCGGAUGCAAGUUUGCCUGGACAAACCACAAGCAACUGCAAAAUCGCCAAAGAUAUUACGUGGAAGUCACACACGAUAUGCCGCAGUAAUGUGAGCCAGAAAGCUCUGCACAAGCCUCACAGAGCAUGCCUUUACCUGGAGGACUACCAGUUACAUAAUCACAGCAACCGUCUGAGGAAAGAGGAACAUGUGGUUCACCUCCCCUUUGAUCACAAACUUGGAACUUUCCCCAAAUCUCUGUCAAUCGAGAGCCUCUGUCCAUUCUCCAUUUCUCAAAGUCCUGACCAUACUGACUGGCCAGGAGAAGAUGGAGAGUUUUCAUUGGAUGGAAGCAUCAGUCGCAGUGGCUCACAAGACUUUCUCUCAUCUGGUUUUGGGAGGAGGAGGAAUUCAAUCAGCUCAAUUGGAAGCAUUUAUGAUAAUGUCCCAGAGGCGCCGAGGAGUCCAUGUGACAUAUUCGACCCAGGGAAAGAAAAAACCUUCCAGCAACUUGACGACAUUUUAAAGCACGUACAUGGGCUACAGCACAAUAUUGACGAAUGGUCUCGCUCGCUUGGCCUUCAACAACAUGACCAAUUAAAUGUAGAGACUGAGUCCAUGACAGACACAACAUUACCCAGUAGCCUGAACUUCGAUGAACGAUCCAUGUCGGAUGUUGGGACGACAGCAAGCGAUUACGAUAGCACAGGAAACUCUGUGAAUGAGGGAGGAGGAAUGAGAGAGAGGAGGGACUCGGGGGUGGGCGCAUCACUUACGAGACCCAGCAGAAAGUUGCGUUGGCACAGUUUCCAAAAUUCUCAUCGGCCGAGCGCAACUUCUGCGUCUUUAGAGAUCAACAGGCAAUCGGCUGCCCAGCUCAACCUGCUGCAGAAGUUCAGCCUCUUACGGCUUACUGCCAUCCUUGAGAAACACACAGAUACCAACAAACACAGCUGGAACUGGGUGGUUCCGAAGUUUAUGAAGCGCUCCAAAGUUCCAGAUUACAAAGAUAAACAUGUGUUUGGGGUUCCACCAAUUGUAAACGUCCAGCGAACUGGUCAGCCCCUCCCACAAAGCAUCCAGCAGGCAAUGAGAUACCUACGCAGCCAGUGUCUGGAGAAGGUGGGAAUAUUCCGGAAAUCUGGGGUGAAAUCCCGCAUCCAGACUCUCCGGCAGCUCAAUGAGAAUUCCCCUGAUCAUGUGACCUACCAGGGCCAAUCAGCUUACGAUGUGGCUGACCUGAUUAAACAGUACUUUAGGGAUCUGCCUGAACCCGUGCUCACCUCCAAACUUACAGACACCUUCUUGCAUAUAUACCAGUUUGUUCCACCGGAACAGCGUUUACAGGCCGUGCAGGCAGCCGUGAUUCUGCUACCUGAUGAGAACAGAGAGGUUUUGCAGACACUGCUGUAUUUCCUCAGUGACAUUGCAUCUGCGCAGGAGAACCAGAUGACUGCAGAUAGUCUGGCUGUCUGUCUCGCCCCCUCCAUACUGCACCUGAACGCCUCCAAGAAAGAUGGAGCUUCACCAAGGCUCAUGAGCAGGAAGGGUGUAGCCAAGCCAGACCACAAGGACCUGAGUGAGAACAUGGCUGCCACGCAAUGCCUUAGUCAUAUGAUCACAGAAUGCAAGAAGUUAUUUCAGAUCCCUCAUGAAAUGAUGAUGCAGUCAACGAAUUCGUAUGUGGCGGCUGAUGCCCAGCCGCUGCCUCUGCAUGGGCUCGGGGUCAACACCCUGGGCGAGCCUGUGGAUUAUCGGGUUUAUUUGGAAGACAACAUCCAGUGUCUUCUCAGAGAGGCUUCUGAGCGGAGUAAGGGCUGGCACCAUGCCCACGGACCAAAUAACACUGAUCUGGCUUAUAAAAAGGUUGGGGAAGGGCACCCCUUGCGCCUAUGGCGUGUUUCGGUCGAGAUAGAAGCCCUGCCUACAGUGGUACUGCAGCGUGUUCUGCGAGAGCGCCACCUGUGGGAUGAAGAUCUUCUGCACAGUCGAGUCAUUGAAACUUUGGAGAACAACACAGAGGUCCUCCAUUACAUCACGGACAGCAUGGCUCCCCAUCCUCGCAGAAACUUCAUAGUGCUCAGACGGUGGUGUAGUGAUCUUCCAAAGGGCGUGUGUGUUCUUGUGUCAUCCUCUGUUGACCACGAUAAUGUGCAGCUGGAGGCAGGGUUACGGGCUGUGCUGCUGACAUCACGCAUUCUUAUUGAGCCAUGCGGAAUGGGGCGGUCCCGGUUAACACAUUAUUGCAGGGCUGAUCUACGGGGGCGCUCUCCUGAUUGGUAUAAUAAAGUAUUCGGACACCUGUGUGCAAUGGAGGUUGCCAGAAUACGGAGUUCUUUCCCUGUUCUAUCAGCACAUGGACCUGAGACAAAGCUCUAAAUCAGAACCCACCUAAGAAGAAUCUCAGACCAGUUUGAGUUAUUGUAAGAUAGAGAGGGAGAGAGAAUGAGAUGUAUGAAAGUUCAUGUGUAAGACCAGAAUGACAGCGCAAGUUUGAGAAACUGGGUGAAAAAAGGAAUGACAAUGAGCAGAGAGUACUAUGCUGAAUACUAGGUGGACUAUGCAGAGGACCCAUUGUGGUUUUGACAGUCAUUGAGAAUGAAUGUGAAAAAGCUAAAACUCAAAUUUAUAUUGUUAAUACUGUGUUUAAUCUUAUACAGUGCGUGUGAGUUAUAUUUAAAUGUUUAUUAUCUAUAUGUGUUUAAGCAGUGUUAAACUGUUGUGCCUUAAAUUGUUUGUCUAAUCCAGUGUGGUCUGUCAGACACCCCAUUUGUUCUCAGGGUAAAUGUAAAGAGUUCUUUGCAUUUUGACUUGCACAGGAAAUUGUCAUGUGGCACUGAUGAUCAGUCAGCUGGCUAAGAGAGGCAACCAAUUACCAAACAUUUGAAACAUUAUUUGCAGACACUGGAUCAGCUUUCUGUGCAUCAUCAGUCCGAUACCAUCAAUUGAUCCAGUAUGAUGGUUUUCUACAUCGGUUAUUUUUGUGACCUCAAACCAUUUCAUCCUUUUUACCACCCCUUUUUAUUAUUUAUUUGUGGCACUCCUUUGCAUGUGGCAAGCUUCAGUUGUGAAGUUUUUGUAACUUAACAUUUGCCUGUAAGCCAUGGGUAAUUAUAUUUAAAAGACUUUGUUAGUACAGCUUUACUUUUCACUUUGCAUUUUGUAUCCCUUAAAGAAUAAAAUGUUUGUAAUAUAAUUAGAUGAUUUUCUUUCUGAUUGUUCUUCUAAACUGUUUUGUAUCGGUUUACAUUCAAGUCCUAACUGCCUAAGUGCCUCUGAACAACUAGAUAAAAACUUGUGUAUUUGUCUGUUCGUCUUAAAAUAUGAUUAUCAUUAAAUCAGUACUGUUCACCAGGGCAUUAUGUAAGACCAAUAUUUUAUUUAUUUAAAGUAUAACAAUAAUUUUAAGUUUAAUAGUAUUGUAAAAGCAUGUAUACAUGUUAAUUUCCAAAAGUGGAAUAGCUUUGUGCUGUGACUCAGCAAUGCACAGGACUCCAAAGUGCUUCUGAUAUACAGAAUGCUGGUCCAUUUACUCGUAAUGUUUAUUGUAUUGUUCUAGCAAGUCUUUUCUUUAUGAACAAUAACUCAGUGUUAAACACAGGUGCCAGAAACAGCUUCAGGUAAUCUGAAACUAAAGAAUUUGUUUCCUUUAACAAUGUUGAUUGAUUUGAUUGUUUCAUUUGUUUCAUUUUAAAUCAUACUCUCAUGUGUAUUGUGCCAACUUCACCUUCCGUGCAAUAAGAAUAAAGGGGCUUUUCAG